AUGGCUGACGAUAUGGACUUAUUUGGAGAAAUGACCCCAGAAGAAAUUGAGGCUGAAAAGAAAAGAAAGGAAGCUAAAGAAGCUGCUAAGAAAGCUGAACCAGUUGGACAAUCUCAAAUUGUUUAUGAUAUUAAACCAUGGGGAGAAGAUACAAACCUUGAAGAAAUGGAAGCAGCAGUUAGAGCUAUUACUAGAGAAGGACUUGAAUGGAAAGGAUCAGAAAGAAAAGACGUUGCAUAUGGUAUUAAGAAACUUACUAUUAUUUGCAAUGUUUUAGAUUCAGUUGAUACUGAGUCUGUUCAAGAAGAAAUUGAAGGACUUGAGGACUAUGUCCAAUCAGUUGACAUUGUCUCCUUUAACAAGCUUUAA